AUACCCACAUUAGUCUGAAACCUAGAGGUGGUCUCGCAAGCUACUCAGUCGCAUCGACACCACUGAUCAGAACCAGAAGCCGUACUAUUUAUACUGGAACUAUGGCUACCCAAGAACCAGUAAAUGAGCAAGUAGUUGCAAAUAUGUAUGCCUCUAUGAGAAGUGAACUAAAUCAAAUUUACUCAAAAAUUACUGAACUAGAGAUGGAAGCAAGUGAGCACUCAUUGGUCAUUAAUGCUAUUCAGCCACUUGACCCAUCAAGACGGUGCUAUAGGAUGAUUGGAGGUGUCCUGGUUGAGAGAACAAUCAAAGAGGUCCUUCCUGCUGUCCAGCGCAAUAAAGAGGGUAUAGAGGAGGUAAUUACUAGGCUUAAUGAGGCGUUGGAAAAUAAGAAGAAAGAAAUCGCUGAGUUUGAAGCUAAAUACAAAAUUAGGAUACGAAAGUCUGAUGAUGACAUAAAGGAUGAUAGUAGCCGGAAGGAAGGUUCUGCUCAAGGAGUCCUAGUUGGCCCUGCAAGUUCAAAUGAAUGAUAGGUGCUCAUAUCUGUCAUCUAAGGUUAAUGUUGAACAACAGCUCUAGCACAAAUGUGGAUAUGUUGGGGUUGUCCAGGAUGUCUAUCUGCUAGGCCUUUGUCAAUAGGAUCUGCUAGGCCUUUGUCAACAGGCGCUUUGCUGUUUGUUGCAAACUCUGAAGAGUGAACAACACCAUGCUUUGGGGCCUACAUCAAAUAACUUGUUAACCUUUCUAUUUUUUGAAUGGAUGCUCAUCUCUGGUAGUAUUUUGGUUUUUUUGUUUUAAUUAUUAUUAUUAUAAAUAACUCCCUGAGAUCAAUGUUGUGAUUAGAACCAUUUCUUUUUUC